AUGGAGGAUGAUAUAGUGAACACAGACGACGUGACUAAGCUGAUAGUGCGCACCAUACAACUGCUCCUUAACCCUGCGACUGAGGAUCAGGAUGCUGGUGACAACGAAAUGCAGAUCGAUUCGACGACGAACAUUCACAACGAGCGUUUAGUCCCGGGCCUUGUGCAAUUCUUGUCAUCCAUG